AUGAGAGUGAGUUCGUCCGUUUUUGCUUCACUUUGUCUCGUAUUUGAAAUAUGUGGCAUCGCUCUUUUCUUAAGAGGGUUUUUCCCAGUCCCCAUCAAAUCAUCCUUCUCAACCAAGAACAGACUGUCUGAUUUUCCGGCUGAACCACUAACAGGAAGUGCACCCAACUCCACCAAAAUCCCAUCACCUUUAUUCAAGAAAGUGGUGAUUGUUCUAAUAGACGCCCUCAGGGAGGACUUUGUGUUUGGGCCCAGUGGAAACAGAUUCAUGACGUAUACUCGACACGUCAUUGAACGUGGAUCUUCGCAUAGCUUUGUAGCCAAGGCCAGAGCACCUACUGUGACCAUGCCCAGAAUAAAGGCCCUCACCACGGGCAGCAUCCCUGGUUUUAUCGACGUGGUGAUGAACCUGAACUCCCCUGCCUUACUGGAGGAUAAUUUCAUCUGGCAGGCCAAGACAGCCGGCAAGAAGAUCAUUUUCUACGGGGAUGACACCUGGGUACGCCUCUUCCCCAAACACUUCAUGGAAUUCGACGGCACUACCUCGUUCUUCGUGUCCGACUACACGGAGGUGGACAAUAACGUCACUCGGCACCUGGACAGCACGCUGAAGAGAGACGACUGGGACAUUCUCAUCCUGCACUAUCUGGGUCUCGACCACAUCGGUCACAUCAGUGGUCCUCACAGCUCCCUUGUCGGACCCAAGCUGCUGGAGAUGGACGACAUUCUGAAGAAGAUCCACGCCUCUCUCAUUGCCAGAGAGACAGAGGGGAGUUUGCCUAACCUGCUGGUCCUGUGUGGGGAUCACGGCAUGUCAGAAACUGGCAGUCACGGCGGAUCCUCAGAACCUGAGAUCAACACUCCACUGGUCCUCAUCAGCCCUGCCUUUAAGAGGAAAGCGGGUUGGGAGAAACCAGGCACUCUGGAGCAGGUUGACCUGGCCCCUACGCUGGCCCUGGCUCUGGGUUUGCCCAUAUCUCAGAACAGCGUUGGUCGGCUCAUCCCUGCCGUUUUUGAAGAGACAUCACUGAGAGAUCAGCUUCGUUACUUCCAUCUGAAUGGCUUUCAGCUCAGUGCCCUGCUCAGAGACAGCACGCCCGACUAUCACAAAGAGGAUGGAUAUGAGCAGUUCCGGGUAGCAGAGAAAUCCCAUGGGAACUGGAUGAAGCUGUAUAUGGAGGGCAAUACGUCUGAAGUGCUGCUGAACAUGGGGAAGAAGGUUCUGAAGCAGUACCUGGAGGCUCUGAAGGCCAUGAGCUCAGCCCUCAGCAGGCAGCUGGGCAAGUACGACAUGUACUCCAUGAUUGUUGGAAUGAUCUUCAUCAUCCAGGUGCUGCUACUACUGCUGCUGGCCAUGCCGGAGGCUCUGAGCGGGCAGGCGCGCGUGGACCUUCCUGUGGCCUCAGCUCUGCUGUCUCUGCCCUUCUACCUCCUCUGCCUCCUCUUCUCCUCGGUGCACGUGCUCGUGUGCACCUCCGCCGGUGGCUCCUGCUACUUCUGCAGCCUGCCCUGGGCUCUGGUGUUUUCCGCCAUUGUCUUCUCCUCGGCGCUGCUGUGCACCCUCGUCGUCAUGGCAACCAGGAGGUUGCCCACGGCCAGCAAGUCGCCCGUUAAGACUUCAGGCUCUGACUGGGCCUUGUCUGAGCUGGAUGCACUGCUGCUGAUAGGAACUGUGGGCCACACUCUAAGUCUGGGGGCAAGCAGCUUUGUGGAGGAGGAGCACCAAACCUGGUACUUCCUUCUCAACACCCUCUGCCUGGCAGUCUUUCAGGAUGUCUGCCGUAAGUACUUCAGAGAGAAGAGAAGCGGAAACUACGGGGCUGACGACAGCCCCCUGCUUCCUUCUAAUAAGGGGAAAGAGGAAUCCUCUUCUCAGGAGACCUCUUUGUUCUCCCCCGUGGCUGAGUUGGGGGUUAGCGCAGGCUCAGAGAAGUGGCUAGCGCUGGCGACUCCUCUCCUCACCUUGGCCUGCUGUCGUCUCCUGCGCUCCCUGAACCAGACAGGCGUGCAGUGGGCGCAUCUACCAGACCUAGGACACUGGCUUAACAGUGCCGAACACAAAGUGGUGUUGUCUUUGCUGUCAGUGGUCGCCUUAAUCCUCAUCUUCAUCCUGGUCCAGCGUCACUGCUCCCUGGUGUCUAAGAUCGCGCUGGCCCUUGGCCUCCUGGGAGUGUACAGUUACCGGGCAGCUGUUGGAAAUGUCCUGUUCCCAUGGCAGCACAGUGGACGCGCAGUGUCAAAGGGGACGGUGGAAGCACGAUUUGUCUACAUCUUCGUCCUUGGCAUUCUCUUCACCGGGGCAAAAGACCUACUACGAUCGCUGGUGGCAUCGACGGAUGGUCGGCUGAAGAGCAGAGGAUUGUGGGAGGUGUACAGCGGCAUGGUUCUGUUGGUGGCACUCCUCUUCAGGGCUCAUAACCUCCCGACACUGGCCUGUUGCUUGUUCGUCCAGACCAUCAUGGCCCAGUUCAUCUGGAAGAAGCUUCAUUACGAUGCUGCUCAAACCACCAUUAUGCACUACUGGUUCGGCCAGGCUUUUUUCUUCUUUCAGGGGAACUCAAACAACAUAGCGACGGUGGACAUCUCCGUGGGCUUUGUGGGCCUGGAGAGCUAUGUUGAGGCCCCAGCCAUCUUCCUGACAGCAUUUAGUACUUACGCUGGCCCACUGCUAUGGGCCUGUCAUCUGGUGUGUUACCUCAGCUCAGAGAGGGACAGAGGCACAGUGGCCCUGGGUCACGGCAGUUACUGCCUCGCUCUGCUGCGUUCGGUACCGGCCGUGGCCUACGCGGUUCUGGUCACGGCUCUGCGUUAUCACCUCUUCAUAUGGAGCGUGUUCUCACCCAAACUCCUGUACGAGGCCAUGCACACGCUGGUCACUGCCGCCGUCUGCCUCUUCUUCACUUUCAUGGACCAUGACCGCUCCAGCAGACCCUGA